AAUAUUAAUCUCAGAAAUAUGUUAAAAAUAUCCGACUGCAAUCACUUACGUAUUGGAAAUAGUAAUGCUUAUGGUAUGGACGUAGAAAAAAUCGUACAGUCUAUAGAAAAAGAAUAUAAAGUUGACAUUAGAUCUUUGCCACAAUGGAAGGAAUUGGUGAAAAGAAUUAUCUUAACUACUACCGAUUGUAAUAGAAGAAUUCAAGACUCCAAACAUCGUAAAAUGUAUAUAAUCCAAAAACUCUAUACUGAGCAUGUAAGACUGUCGCCAUUCGAAUUAACAAAUAAUUUGGCAAGGACUUCAAAAAAAUGGCAAAAUAUGGAGAAUCAAAAGCACAGACAAAAGAUUUCAUUAAACUUAAACACAGAUAUAAGUGCUCCCCAGAGUUCCUAUACCUCCUUGGUAGAAACUAGUGAUGGGAAACUCACUGCACAUCCAAAUACAGAAAUACUACCCUCUGAAGAAAUGAUUGAAAUGCCAUUAAAAUCUGAGCCCGAAAUUGAAGCAAAAAUCAGCACAUUAUCACAUUUACCAGUUAAUAUUUGUAUUAAUCAACAUAAAGUUGUAUCACCUCUUACUACCCCGUACAGUUACUUAAGUUACAAGACAAAAUCGACUUACGAAGAACUUGAGAUGAAAACAAUCAGUGAAAGGAAUGAGAAAGAAUCGUUGCUAUUGAAUAAGUCAUUAUCAAUAAUUUCUUCCCCAAAGGAAAUUAUAGUAUAUAAAGACUCAUUACAAAAACAAGUUAUAAAAUUUUCCCUAACAAAUCAUUCUACAAAAUUUGUUUAUAUAAGGUUUGUUCGUGUGACAAACAAACUACCAUUUAGAUGGGCAAGUAUUUCACCAGUCACUUCCGUUAAAUUAUGUCCUGGAAUAUCAAAUGAAUAUAGGUUCAUAUUUAAAUUGUUACAAAACAUAGAGGAUUUUGAGUCCUACUUGUACUUCAAAAUAGGUCAUGAUGCCUUGACCCAAGCACCAUUUGAAGCUGUAUGUAUACCUAUACAAAGUAGAUUUAACGUAUCUAAACCAGUAUCAGUAUCUAAAGUUGUAUUUAUACCACCUACCUACCCAUGGCACUUGAGAAAUGAUUGUGGAUUUCCUUCAGGAUACAUUAAACUAUCUGUUGAUAAAAAUACUUACAAUUUACAUAUAAUAAAAAGGAUAGUCGAUUUUACUGCACAAUCAAAAGAUGACCUAUCGUCAUUAAAAGUUAUGUGUCCAAAUACAGAAAGCUUGAAAGACAGGACAGAAGAUCAGCAAAUUGAAACACAAAGUAAGUUGCUAACUUAUAAAGACAAUCUGCAUGACAUAACAAGCAUAAAGUCAAUAGAUGUAAUCAUAUUAGUUGUCAAUGAUAUUAUUGAACUCGCGUUAAAUACCUUUAUUUUUGAACAUAGUUAUUUGAAAUUGCUACCACAUUCAAAACAUAAAAUAUUGGUUUACUUUACAAAAGUUGAACGCAUUGGCAGUCAUCAUAGCUAUUACGAUUUUGAAUUUUACGAUCCUAAUACAGAAAAAUUAAUAAUGACUAAAGAAGUAAAAAUUUUUGCCGAAGUACUACCUCAUCCUAUAACUAUAUAUCCUAGUAUACUUGAUAUGUCUAAAUCUCCAAUGAUGUAUGGGUUUUGCGAAGAUUAUUUUACUAUUACAAACAGCAACAAAGUAUAUCCAGUUACUAUUAAAAUUAUGUUAACUACAAAAAUGAAAAAGAUUCUACAUAUAAGACCAACGGAAACAUUACUUCCUGCAACAUCUAGUGUGAAAUUUGAAGUAAAAUUUUGCUCCCCGGGAUUAAUAGUGUACAUAUCCGACGAUUUAGUACUCUUUACAUUCAAGAUUAUAAUUAAAGGAAAUCAAACUAUAUACCAUCACGUGCCACCUUUUUUCUACGAAAUCAUAGCUCCAUGUGUUCCAGAGUACAAGAAAUAUUAUGGAGAGUAAUCUAAUCUUAAUCACUUGACCCUUCCAAACAAUAUUAAAUUAUCUUCACAGCAUCUAUUGAAAGUAAUAAAGUAAAUAAAUUCGUUUUAUUACGUGGUCAGUAUGAUGUGUUGCCUCUAUAAAAAAAGUAGGAUAUGUGUAAGAAUGUCGCUAGGAGGGAGGCAAGGAUUAAACCUGUUGGUCGAGUUGCCGUAUGUAUUACAGGUCAAGUGAGUUGAUUGCCUGAACCCGCAUAAUAUUCCAGUCCAGAUCUGCAGGUCACACAUGAACCGGUUUCGCGACACAAUCGAUUGUAAAUCAAAGUAAACAGUGAUGAAGUAUAUUGUAUGCAAACUUAUAUAUUACGAUUGAACGAUCAUCGUAAAUGUUCGAUUAAAUCGAGAUGAAAUAUUCAUUCGAUUUUGCAC